AUGGAGACAAGUGAUCCGUCGGGUAGACUAACGGCGGAAGACUUAUCGGAUUGCAUAAGUGAUAGCAGCCAUUCGGAGUCUCAAUUAAGAGCUUUUCAAAGUUAUGAGCGCAUCAAAGAGCUGAAUCUGUCUAUUGAUAAAACCAAAGAAGAUGCAUCGACGGAACCGAAAGAUUUUCAUCUUAGUCUGGAAGGUGGCGAUAGGACAUCUCUCCGAUUCAAUGAAUUUUCAUGUGAAAAUCCGACCAGAAAUUUGACUAUGACGUUGAAUAAAACCAAAGAUUUCGGUUACUCCGCCAAUAAUUUGACUGAAAUUAAUUAUCCGUUGGAGAGAUUGAACGAGAAUGAGGAAUCAACUGACGCCUCAACGCUUUGCAGACCAAAAAAUUCCAGCGCUAAAAACGUGCUAUUUAAUUUGCGCGAGACGAAACAAAGGAGUCCUCAUGCGUCGUUAUCUUCUUUAGAUAGGUAUAGCAAGGAUCUUAACUUCGUGGUAGAAAAGGAAAUAAAGGACUUCGGCCUGCUCAAGAAUUAUAAUCUCGAUCGCAUGAAAGAGUUCAAUUUUUCCCUAGAUAGAAUGAGGGAUACUCAUAUUAGCAGUUUGGCCCUUGAAAGAUUGCGUGGUGGUGCUGGUUUAUUAGAAAAUUCGAGCAUGUUAGAUCACAAGGAAUUUAGGAACUUGCAAGUACAGCCGAGGAAUCCCGAUCUUGAAGCAAUAGCUUUGGAACGUAUGAGACGCUCGCAUCUACUUGGUACAGAACUAUCCGCGCAAAAUUUGUCAACGCAAGUGCCGCAUUCGCAUUCGAUUACGCACAUGCAACAUUCACAACAACAGCAGCAACAACAAGCAAAGUCCUUCACCAUCGACGCUAUCUUAGGCUUAAGGAACAAUCAGCGAGAAAAACGAAAUCAGCAGCAACAAUACAGAAAACAUCAGG